AUGCGGAGAAGCAACGCCGCGAACAAGGCACCUUGGACGCCCAGUUGGCGGCCACGUACUCGCGCUCGCAGAUGUUCCUCUCCAGACAGCUGGCGCAGCUGCACCCGGAGCUCACCAUGCCAAUGUUCUCAGAGGUGACGUAUCGGCUGAGCACGGCGCGUCCAAUGAUCCGGCAGCUGCUGCUACAGUACCUGCUGCCCUGGCUGUACAACAUGGAGCUGGUCGACCCCAACAUACAGCAAAUGAGUCCGCUGGCCAAGUUUCAGUACUUCUGCCAGAACGAGCCGCUAAGCGCGGGUCAACAGCGGCGCGAAGGCUGGGGCUCGGCUGAAGCCACCGAGAUGGUGCUCAACAACCUGCUGUACAUCACGGCCAAGAUCGGGGAUGAUCACCCGAAGAGAUGGAGGACCUCUGGGCGGCGCUCUGCUCGUGCUGGCCCAACAACCUCAAGAUCAUCCUGCGAGCCUUUCAUUGUGGGUGGGAAGUGGCAGCCCACCCAACUGCUGCUGCCUUACGGUCAGCGGGUGGCCGUGUACAUGGCGCGCGCUCGGCCCGACCAGCUGGUGGAGGAGCUGAUGGCCGAGCUGCAGACGGUCGAGUCGAUGAACUGCACCAUCGAGCGCACCGAGACGCCGCCCUUCUUCCGGCUCACAUCGCUACGCAAGACUUCCAACCACUCGG